AUGUGCUCGGCGCACAUUGGUCGAGCUUGGCGUAUUCUGCAGCUUCUCCGCAACUGUUUCAAGGUUGCCGCAGGAUAUCACAGACUGAGAAGCCUCAAUACGGCGAUGAGCUGCGCAUGUUGUGCAGAGCCAUCAGCAUGGUCUUCCGCGCUGGGACUUCUGGCCGCAUCGCAGGUUCGAAGACUGACCAACAGCGCAAGCUACAACCUUGGAAUCACCUCGUUUGCAGAGGCCCGGGCCUUGCUGGUGCACGUGGUAUCACAUGGUAUCACAUGGCCAUGGGCUUGUCAGAUUGCUGCGCAGGCCACGCGCUGGCACGCAGCUUUCGCGCUUUACAAGAACAUGGGGACUUCGGGGCUGCGGAACAACGAAGCAACAUUUGUGCUGACAUGUGACGCCUGCGGACCGUUGUGGCAGAGAGCCGCGGCCCUCGUGUCAGUCCCCGAGCAUCCCACCACACGGAGCUUAAGUUCUGUUCUCAACGCCUGCGAGAUGGCAGCAGCGGAAUGGGCCCAAGCGCUGACAAUUCUCCAUUCCUUUGGAAUUCGCCGCAUCUCAACAACACAGGUCACUUUGAACACAGCAGUGAGCUCGUGCCGACAGCACUAUGUGUGGCCCUCUGCUUUGGUAUUGUUGCACUCCUGUGUUAAGAGCCAGGCCGGAUCCAUUUACCUACAGGGCCCACAGUGCGUCAGCUAUGCUGUUGACACUUGUAGGGUCACGCCUGUGCAGGUGGCGGACAUCAUCACUUGGAGUGCCACGCAGGCAGCAUGCAAGUUUUCAUGGCGCACUGGCGCGCUCCUCAUGUCAAGGAUUGCGGAGCAUGCGGUGCGCGCCGGAUCACUGAGCUACGAUGCAGCGGUUGCCUCCUUCACACAGGGACAUCACUGGCAAAGAGCCGAGAUGCUUCUGUGGAGGCGCUGCAGCCUCCGGCUUGUGCUCGUUGCAUCAGGUGCGGUUCGGAAGUCACUCACUAACUAG